AUUUAUACAAUGAAAGUUUCACUAUGAGUGAGUACAUUAAUUUCAGUACCAUGUUAAACGUAAGUAAUUUAGCAAAGUAGCAAAGGUAGUUCUAUUACAUUAAUAUUAGUAGUACCACAUUAAGCCACUAUACGGCAGCAAACUAAACCCGCUCCGGUUUAACGCAAAACCAACGAAGAAGCACUUCCUCCCAAGCUGUUUCCAUGGCAAUCAGACAUGGCGGUUGGGAGCCAACUCAUCCGUUCGUCCACUCCCCUGCAGGUCCUCUUCUACCUGAACAGCUGGUACUUUGCUGCCUUCUACCUGGCAGAGGUCCUGAUGUUCAUUUAUAAAGGAAACUCACUUCCCUACCCGUCGGAUAACCUGGUUCUGGAUGUGGUUCUGCUGGUGCUCUUCCUCGGCCUGGAGAUGCUCAGGAUCUUCUACGGGUGGAAGGGGAACCUGUGCGAGAGCUCUCUGGCCUCGUGCGCGGCACUCCUGGUCCUGCUGCCCUGCGCCGCGCUGGCCGUCUACUUCCUGCUGCUGCAGACAUACGUCCUGCGGCUGGAGUUCAUCCUCGGCGCCGUGCUGCUCUGCUUCUACGGCCGGGAGCUGCUGCUCGGACUGCUCUCCAUAUACACCUUCUCCAGGUUUUCAUUUUCUCCUUGAAGGUCUAAAGUGUACUGAAGAACGAAGGAGUCAAAGCAUAGUUAUCCAUUAAAAUGUAAAUUGUUGCUGUUUGUACCAAGAAUUUCAUAAUAAAGUUAAAAAAAUAAUGUUUUGUUCUUAAA